UAUAUCAGCCAGCGGCUGAAAUUUCUCAGAUAUAUAUAUUUAUGUGUCACUGAGAUGUGUGUACUAGCUUAUAAAUCCUCACGAAAGCUAAACAUAUAUACAUGGACGAUUCCUGGCGGAUGCGGAUGGGAAUGCCCAGCCUCCCACGGCGCCGUUCCAUUGAAGACACGUUGGCCGGCUCCACAAGGCUUUCCAUGGAGGCCAUGGACCCCGACGACUUCGCUGAUGUUUUCGGCGGACCACCUCGCAGCGUUUUGUCCCGUAAAUUCUCAGGCGACUUCACUAGUUCAUCCACUUCUUUUUACGAGGAGAUUUUCCGACCGCAGGAGUUUGUUGCUUCCGUAGAGAAGAAGAGUGGUGGAGGACGGAGCUUGCCGGCUUUCAGGAUCCCCGCUAAGGGUGAAGGAUUCUACAGUGAUGUUUUUGGUUGGGAGGAGGGACGGAGGUCGAGGGACAGAUCGAAGCCCAACUCUAAGGCUAAAUCGAAGUCGAAUUCCUCGUCGGUGCUGAGUUCAGAGGAGCUGAGCCCUCAUCGGCGCACAGUGACCGGCGAUGAUGUUGCAUUGUCCUCUUUUGCUUCGAAGCUCAGGCCAAUCAAUGUGCCAUAUAGGUGGAACUCCACCGCAAUGAGACCUGAAGAACAAGCAAGGAAAGAAGAGAUGCCAUCUUUUCCAAGAAAUUUUCCUUCCCAUGCGGACAAUUAUUACAUGGAAAAUGAAUACAAUGACAGUUUCAGAAGCUCCUAUAUCAAAGUUUCACGGCAGGUCUCAUCCCCAGAAACCAUUAGUCUCGAACCCAAUUCGUAUCAAAGCAUCAAAGUAUCUGUGGAUGAUUUAGAGGUCAACUCCCCGUCAUCUCUUGUCUCUUCGCUUUGUCAAGAACAGGAGGCAAGUGCCGGCAAGCAGGCGGAAGAUGAAGAAAUGGAACAGGCGGCAGAUGAAGUUAUGAGCUCUUAUGUCAUUGAGAUCAAUUCUGACCAUAGAGAAGCAGCUAGCGAAGCAAUUUCAAUUGAUGAAGCAAUCGCGUGGGCUAAGGAAAAGUUUCAGGCACAAAGUCUUGACAGACAGCAAAAGAAAGAUCUAUCACCUGAGGUAGAAGAAAGUCCUAAUACGCGCGAAUUUACAUCACCUCAAAUCGAUGGACACGGAAGGACGCAAUCUCCCUCGGAAGAAGAGCUAAAGAAAUGGAGAAGUGAAGAAGAAAAAGAUCAAUCAGAAAAAGAUCAAUUACAGAUAGAGCUGAAGCUACUGGAUGAAGAUGUCCGGUUGUGGUCAGAAGGCAAGGAGACCAAUAUUCGUUUGCUGCUUUCAACACUGCAUCAUAUUCUAUGGUCCAACAGCGGUUGGUGCGCCACCUCUCUGACAAGCCUUAUUGAAAGCUCGCAUGUAAAGAAGGCCUAUCAGAAAGCAAGGUUGUGUCUCCACCCAGACAAAUUGCAACAAAGGGGGGCUACGCUACAACAGAAGUACGUUGCAGAAAAGGCCUUUUCCAUUGUCCAGGAUGCGUGGGCUGCAUUCAUCUCCCAAGAUGUCUUGUUUAACUAGUAGACAAUUCAGGAUCCUUCGGUAAUCAGUUUUGUGAAGUAAGUUUGAAACCAAUAGCAAGCUAGCUGGAAUAUUUGAAGAAUGGAGAAAAAAAAUCAUAUAUUCAAGAAUUUUGUAUGUUCAUCUGAUGCCUAACUUGCUUUCCUCUUCCAUUCUGAAAACGAUAUGAGGAUGAGAAUGAUAGUAUUGUUGAUAUCAUCUCAGUUGGUAUUUGGGUUUGUACAAUAUGAUUUUAUUCAAAUCAACACUAAUUCCACCUCCCCCUGCAGAUCAAUUGUGCUUAAUCAUUCAUAUUCCGUAUCUUGACAUAAUAAUUUGUGUUUUUGGACUGUAAGUUUCCAUCUAAUUUUAAUGGAUUGCUCAUCUUUCACCAA